CGGCACCUUUCCCAGCCCUCUUGACCGUCUUCCCACCCCACAGCUGGCAUUCCAGGGCAAACCUGAGCACCGGCACUCGCCCGGCUGUUCUGCCGUUCGGCUGCUGCUUGGCUAUUAUCGAGGCUCGUCCUCAGGGGUCUCCUUGCUUGCCACCGAGCCAACCGGACCCCAGGCUUCAAGAGAUGUGGCGCCGUGGGUCUGCCAUGACUUCACGCCCAGUACCACCACGGCUACAACGUGCCGCUGGCCAUGUAUAAGUAUCGCAGGUGCCUUGUGUUCGCUUUAGAUCAUUAAACCCAGAUGUCCCUCACCAAGAAACAGCAUCUUUACCCACAUCGAGACACUGAGAUCAAGUCCUUCCUCCAUCUCAACAUCACGACGAAUCCUCCACCAUAACCAUCGCCAACAUGAAGUUCUUCGCUCCCCUCACCCUUGCCGCUGCCGCCUCGGCCGCCACUCUCGAGCGCAAGCAGGAGAAGACCAAGAACAUCGGCGAAUUCUCCGCGGCCUGCAUUCCCCACUCCGUUAUGUGCUCGUACUCCUUCACCGUCUCGAACGACCCGUCGCUGCCGGUCAGCAACUGCGAGGCUUUCCUCGCUGGCCCGGACCGGCUGCCCCCUGUCGACGAGGGCAAAUGCGCCGAUAACUCCGCUUAUACCUGGACCACUGACCGCACCACCGACGGCGGCCUCGACUUCACCGUCUCCUUCCCGCUUAACUCGCGCUCCAACAUCACAUACUGCGCAACCCUGCCGGCCUCCGACUUUGUUGUUGACGACAACGGCUCUGUCCAGACUGAGCGCUAUACCGGCCCGACCGGCUUUGCCGCUACUGUUGACGCGUGUUUCCAGUAGGCGAGUACGACAUGAACCGGCCAAAAGACCUUAGGCUCUGUACAUAUAUUCUAAGAUAGUAUAUAAUCAAUCAUUCCGUGAUGACAUCAGAU